GCAGCCAAAAGCAGAAGGAAAACCACCGAGGAUCAGAAGGUGGCAAAUGCGAUCCAAUUCCGGUGCAGUCCUGACCGUGUCUGUGUCCAAUCCGCAAGCGAGUCAAGCAAAUGCGCCAGGAGGGAAACGUCCUUUCCGAAGAGAGAGAAGCACUGCCGCCAAGGUGGCCCUUCACCAGCCAAAAGGGGUUCCCUUGAGGUUCAACUUCCGUGCCAUGGCUAACCAGACCAGCUUGAUGUUAAACGAACGCUUCUCUGGACUGAGGGGCAAACGCCGCUUCCCCGCCACACGCAGCACAAGUCGGAUGGUCACGCUGCCCUAAGGUGGCCCCAUUUGUUGGGGAGACAGCCCUGUUCCAGCCUCCCGAUCGAGCUGUUUGUCUUCUUUGGUCUGGAGAGCAGAGUGGAAAGACUUCUCCAUCCUCGGAGCAGAAGGAUGGAGGCAAGGACUCCUUAGCCCUUUCUUUCAUGCAAUGGAUGGAAAGGACCCCCUACUUUGUGUCUAUGGAGUUCGAGUUAUGAAACUGAUUCAAGUCCAUGGACUCGGGCUGGUUUUGGACCCAAUUUCCAGCAAAAUUUGCAAAUGCGAUAAGAUAACAGCCCAAAUAUAGCACCUACCUUAUUUAUUGUGUCAGGAGCGAACCAAAACAGUUGUAUUGCAUAAAACAAACAAAA